UAUUAUUAUUAUUAUUAUUUAAAAAUCAAAUUUCUUUUAAGAAGUUACAAUAUUUGUGAGAACCUUAAUGUGAAGAUUGGGUUAAAAAAACAUUAUUUUAUUUUAUUUUAUUAUUAAAAUCCAAAUCAAAUAUUUAAUUUGAAUCAUAAUCUGAAUCAUAACAAUAAAUGGAUAUCGGCAAAUAAUAAUUUAAUUCUUUACAAAACUGUACAUAUAAAAUCUGAAACAGGUUUUGAAAAGGUUUGUAAAUAUAGUAAAUAUUUUAUUUUGGGUUUAAUGUCGUUUUCUGUUGUUUAAUCUUUGAAGAUUGUUAAAAAGAUGAAAACAGAUCUGAUCCCAGGAGGAACAGGAAGUUGCUGUCAAGCGACAGGAAGUGGAGGCGAUGUCAUUUCCUGUUGUUCUCGUGCUGCUCUACUGUUUGUGUUCUGCAGCUGGUGCACCUCCUCGGUUCUGUUCGUGUUCUGGUUGGUUCCCCAGAACCUUCACAGAACCGGUUCACCGGUGAUCCGCUGCUGAAGCUUCUCUCCUUCCCCAUUGGGCCAAACGUUCAGCUUCAACCCGACCAGAACCAGCCCGGUUCUGGAGUUUUGUCUGACAGCAUGCCGGUCAGACAGAACUCCAGAACCAGCCCGGUUCUGGAGUUUUGUCUGACAGCAUGCCGGUCAGACAGAACUCCAGAACCAGCCCGGUUCUGGUGUUCUGUCUGACAGCAUGACGGUCAUUCGGAACACUAGAACCAGCCCGGUUCUGGAGUUCUGUCUGACAGCAUGGCGGUCAUUCGGAGCCGGAACCAACCAGGAACCGCAGAACGUCUGAGGGAUGGAUCUACUGCUUUAGUGUAGUACCGUGGUCCGGCUGUUUGUUGCCCGACUGCCAGAUUGUUGUUCAAUGUUUCCUCCGGGCCGUUUGAGCCGACCCGGUUCCACCAGACCCGGUUCUACCGGAUCAGACCCGGACGUUGGAUCCUGUCUGUCUUUGCCAGAUCCACCUGACUGAGUAAAACCAGAAUACAUUGACUGUGAGGUGAUCAGAACCGGUCCAGUUCUUCAGAGUUCCUCCCUGAGGUUCUGAGGAUAGACCGUUGAUCACGUUAAUCAGGAACGUGGUCCGUUCUCUCCCUCCACGCUGCGGUAGAACCCGGUUCCCCUCCACGCUGCGGUAGAACCCGGUUCCCCUCCACGCUGCGGUAGAACCCGGUUCCCCUCCUCGCCGCAGCAGCAGUGCAUGUUCCUCCCACUCCACUGAAGGUUUACGGCGUCUGGACCCAGCAGAACCGCGUGUUUACGGACCCGUGUCCUCUGAGCGUGUUCAGCUGAUGGAUGCAUGUUGUGGUGACGCUUUUCUAUUUUUACAUGUUUCUGUACGUGUCCACAGGAAGGAAUAAAGACGUGUUCCUGUCUGGGUCUGGCUUUAUUCACACGUUUCAUUCACAGAACAUUAAAAUGACUGGUGGUGGUUUCACUGCACGCUUUGAUGAUUUGUCUCUAGGAUAAAACAGGUUCUACUCGGGUUAUUAACAGUACCAUCAAUGGAUUUUAUUAUCUUUACUAUAAAAUAAGAGUUCAGAACUCCAGGAGCUGCCUCUUUCUAACAGCUUUCCUGCUAAAACCGGACCUAAACCUGCUGGAUGCAGCAGAACCAGAUGUUCCUCAGCAGACGCCGGUGUCGGCCACCAGGUGGCAGCACAGGGCCUCCAUCCAGGGCUGGACCUCCCUCUGCAGACACUUAGAGCUCAUCUUCUCAGGUUUCUGUGAAGUUUUCACUAAGCUCCUUCACACGGCCUGAGCUCACACCCCCACCCUGGCCUGGUUGGAGUUCUGCCAAUCCCAUCAGGCACCUGAACGCUCACAGCCUGGCGGUUAAUCUGGCCGAUUAAUGAGCCGCCUUUUGUCCAGUCCAGGGCUUCCUGAUGGGAUUAAGGCAGCACUCGGACAUCUGCUGGUCAUUCCCAGCUCAGAACACCAAGCUGCUGCUGCAGCGUCCUGUUCAGACCCGGUUCUUCUCUGUCCCGGUACAUCUACUGACCAACAGCAUGAAGACUUCUUCUCUGUCCUGGUACAUCUACUGACCAACAGCGUGAAGACUUCUCUGUCCUGGUACAGCUACUGACCAACAGCGUGGAGACUUCUCCUCUGUCCUGAUACAUCUACUGACCAACAGCAUGAAGACUUCUCCUCUGUCCUGGUACAUCUACUGACCAACAGCAUGAAGACUUCUCCUCUGUCCUGGUACAUCUACUGACCAACAGCGUGGAGACUUCUCCUCUGUCCUGGUACAUCUACUGACCAACAGCGUGGAGACUUCUCCUCUGUCCUGGUCCAUCUACUGACCAACAGCAUGAAGACUUCUCCUCUGUCCUGGUACAUCUACUGACCAACAGCGUGGAGACUUCUCCUCUGUCCUGGUACAUCUACUGACCAACAGCGUGAAGACUUCUCCUCUGUCCUGGUACAUCUACUGACCAACAGCGUGGAGACUUCUCCUCUGUCCUGAUACAUCUACUGACCAACAGCAUGAAGACUUCUCCUCUGUCCUGGUACAUCUACUGACCAACAGCAUGAAGACUUCUCCUCUGUCCUGGUACAUCUACUGACCAACAGCGUGGAGACUUCUCCUCUGUCCUGGUACAUCUACUGACCAACAGCGUGGAGACUUCUCCUCUGUCCUGGUCCAUCUACUGACCAACAGCAUGAAGACUUCUCCUCUGUCCUGGUACAUCUACUGACCAACAGCGUGGAGACUUCUCCUCUGUCCUGGUACAUCUACUGACCAACAGCGUGAAGACUUCUCCUCUGUCCUGGUACAUCUACUGACCAACAGCGUGGAGACUUCUCCUCUGUCCUGGUCCAUCUACUGACCAACCGCGUGGAGACUUCUCCUCUGUCCUGGUACAUCUACUGACCAGCAGCAUGAAGACUUCUCUGUCCUGGUACAGCUACUGACCAACAGCGUGGAGACUUCUCCUCUGUCCUGGUACAUCUACUGACCAACAGCGUGAAGACUUCUCCUCUGUCCUGGUACAUCUACUGACCAACAGCGUGAAGACUUCUCUGUCCUGGUCCAUCUACUGACCAACAGCGUGAAGACUUCUCUGUCCUGGUCCAUCUACUGACCCACAGUGUGGAGACGGGAGGCUCCCUGUCAGAAGGCCCAUGAAGGAUGAGGCGCUGGGGGAGAGUCUGCGGAGACCUGACCCGGCUUAGAGGACAGACUGGAGGCAGAGGGAGACCGUGGAUCUCGUGAAUGUCAAAAUAUGAGACGAGCUUCAGGUAGAGUUGAACCUAAGAUGGACAAACAUGACGGAGGAAGAAGGAUGACAGCAGAGACACAAGUGCAACGAGGAAACACCAGACAGGAACACAGAGAGACCCCAGAGACUGGACCGAGUCCUGGAGAUGUUUAAGUUCUGGACAGGAUCAGUUCUGCCACCGCGCCGUAGCUCCUCAUUGCCAGAACCAUGACGGACAACCACAACAUGUUGAAAAAUGGCGACUGUGAGUCAGCGAGGCAAGCCAGCGACAUCACCUUCAGCGCCAACAUCAGCCCCGCCCACGGUCUGCGGCGCAAACGCCUGCUGUGGCAGAGCGCCGUCAGGAACAUCAUCGACCAGCACAACCUGUACUCCCUGAGGCUGGCGGGGGGGCUGGAGAGAGGCCGCCACCGCAUCACCGUCACCGACGCCUACAUCGCCGACAUCAACAGGCAGAUCCGCAACAAGACGUCUCGGGGGAACUUCUGGCAGAAGCGCCGUUCGUCUGCGGCUCGGGUUCACCCGGCGACGCAGAGGGUUUCUGUGCAGACACAAGUCGCCCAACGCCUACUCACUGACGCAGACUUCUUUGUGUCGUAUGGAUCCACGGUCCGAGGCGUCUUCAUUCCUACGAUGCAGCUCAUAUUCAAAUCUCCUGACCUGGAGCUGACCUACCAGCAGUUCUCCUCGGCUCAGAGAAGAACCUCUCUGGUUGUCACCAACCUUAUUGACGUCUUCAUCCGGCUGUUCGUCUCCCUGGUGGCCUCGCCGGCAGGCUGGGGGGGCGUGGCCUGUGACUGGCUGACCGGCCUGUCGGUCCUCCUGUGGGCGGGGAUCUGUGGGCUGUCCGUGGCGAGGAAGGAGGUGAUGACGUCACCACCGUGGCUCAGGUACCUGUCGGUGGUCACCUGGCUGUCCCAGACUGUCCAGGUGUUGGUUGGGGUGUUCAGCUGGGGGGAAACUGAUUACUCCUGGUACGUCUUCUUCACUCUGUUCUCCACCUACGCCCUGUUGACUCUGCCCCUCCCCUGGUCAAUUGCUGCAGGAGCGAUAACCUCCACUCUGCAGCUCCUAGUGGAUGUCUGGUGGCACUACAGCAACCACUUCCUCAUCAGAAGGGUGCUCUCAAAGGCUUUGCUGUACCUGGCAAUGAACACUGCAGGCGUCUUCAUCCACUACCUGUCUGACCGGACCCAGCGGCAGAGUUUUCUGGAGACCCGGAGAUGUAUCGAAGGACGAGUCCGACUGGAGAGGGAGAACCAAAGACAGGAGCGAUUGGUCAUGUCCAUCCUACCACGCUUCCUGGUUCUAGAGAUGAUUGCAGACAUGGCCGCGGUCGAUGAAUAUCUGCUGCCUCAGCAGUUUCACAAAAUCUACAUCCACCACUACAAGGACGUCAGCAUCCUCUUUGCAGACAUCAUCGGCUUCACGUCUCUCUCUUUGAUUCUUUCGGCUCAGGAACUCGUUAAAACUCUCAACGAGCUCUUUGGACGCUUCGACAGGCUGGCGGAGGAGCAUCAGUGUCUGCGGAUAAAGAUCCUGGGCGAUUGUUACUACUGUGUCUCUGGCGUCCCAGAGCCCCAGCGAGGACACGCCCGCUGCUGUGUGGAGAUGGGCCUCAGCAUGAUCAGCACCAUCCGGUAUGUUCGUCGGGAGCUGCAGCAGGACGUGGACAUGCGGAUCGGUGUCCACUCGGGUUCUGUCCUCUGUGGCGUGCUGGGUCUCCAGAAGUGGCAGUUUGACAUCUGGAGCUGGGACGUUGACAUCGCCAACUGUCUGGAGGCAGCAGGAGUGCCAGGGCAGGUCCACAUUUCACAGGCCACUCUGGACUGUCUGGGUGGGAUCUACCAGGCCGAGCAGGGCCACGGCCAGGACCGCAGCGACUUUCUACGCAAACACAACAUCGACACAUACCUGAUCCGCCCGGCCACGCGGGACGAGGCCCAGCCCCCCCGAGCCAGGCGGCCCAGUUACGAUGAGCUGACGACGUGGAGCGCCGAGCUGCCGUUUGGAGACAUCCUGGGCAUGAACUUUAUCCUCGCCACCUUCACCAAUGGCUCCCUGACCCAACUGCCCAAUCACAUCGCAGCUCAGCGCUCAGGUUCACGGGAGGUGAACAAGAGGAUCUGUCAGGCCAUGGAAGUCCGCAGCAGCGAACGGAUGAGGAAAGAGCACAUCACCACCUUCACUCAGGUGUUCAAGGACUCCCAGAUGGAGGGAAAGUAUUCUCAGAUGAGAGACGAGCUCUUCAAGUCCAACAUGGUCUGCUCCUUCAUCCUGGUCAUUCUGCUGAUGGCCGUCCAGGUGCUGAUUCCUGCUCCAAGGUUGUGUCUGACGGCGGCGCAGUUCCUUCUCAGCGGCUGUGUUUACUUCCUGCUCCUGCUGUUGACUCUGGGGGAGGAGUUUAAGCAUUGCCCCGCCCCCCUGCAGGCCCUCUGCUGCUGGGUUCACGAAACAAAGUACGCGCGGACAGUCCUCAUGCUAACCGCCAUCGCCGUCAACUCUGUGAUCGCCUCAGUAAACAUCCUGUGGUGUGACUGGUCUGAGUCCGGCGUUACUGAACCCCUGGUGUCUCUGCCCCCCUCCAGAUGGUCAGACAUGAACAUCUGCACUCACCCAGAGUUCAUGGUGCUGAGCGCGGUGGUUGCAAUGGUUACCUGUGCGGUGUUCCUCAGGCUGAGCUGCAUGCUGCAGAUGGCCUUCCUGCUGCUGACCGCCGGCCUGUACACCUAUGUCAUGGAGACGCACAGCUCCCAGCAGCUGUGCAGCAGGGGCGUCUGUCUGCUUCUCAUGACCAUGUUUCUGGUGGCCGUCCUUUACAACAGCAGACAGCUGGAGGCCAUGGCGCGGCUGGACUUCCUGUGGCGCCUGCAGGCGGGGAAGGAGGUGGAGGACAUGAAGGAGCAGAGGGAGCACAACGAGUGUCUGCUGCUCAACAUCCUGCCGGCUCACGUGGCUCAGCACUUCCUGGAGAGAGACGCCAACAACGAGGAGCUCUACUCCCAGUCGUACCAGCGCGUGGGCGUCCUGUUUGCCUCGCUGCCCGGCUUCUCUGACUUCUACGAGCAGAAGGAGCUGGUCCACCAGCACGUCGAGUGUCUGCGCCUCCUCAACCACAUCAUCAGUGACUUUGAUGAGCUGCUGGACGAGUGUUACUUCCAGGAGGUGGAGAAGAUCAAGACCAUCGGCAGCUCCUACAUGGCAGCCUCAGGCCUCUCACCUGACCGGCAGGACUGUGAGGACGGCUGGCAUCACCUCAGCGAGCUGGUGCUGUUCGCCCUGGCCAUGGAGGAGACGCUGAGGCAGAUCAACACGCAGACAGGAAACAGCUUCCAGCUGCGAGUCGGUGUCGCUCACGGCCCGGUGAUCGCAGGCGUCAUCGGGGCCACCAAGCCUCAGUACGACAUCUGGGGCGCCACGGUGAACGUGGCAAGCAGGAUGGAGAGCACCGGGGUCAACGGCAGGAUCCAGGUCCCAGAAUCCACCAGCUGCAUCCUGGUGGAGCGAGGCUUCCUACGGCAGCUCAGAGGGGACAUUUACGUCAAAGGCAUCAGCGAGCAUCACGGAAAGGUGCGGACGUAUUUCGUGAGCAACCGUGAUGAGCGGUCGAGCUUCGCGGAGCGCGGCGGCGUGCGGGCCUUCAGCAUGAACAGGAACACGCUGGGCGCCGUGGUCUACAGCCUGGUGCAGGCCCGCAAGAGGGAGAAGCUGAGGGAGGAGAACGGGGGCUUCCACCUGGUCAAGGCCUCCUGAGACUCUCUGACCUUCAAAAUAAAAGCCCCGCUCCUCCAUAUUUACCCAGAGGGAGGAGAACGGGGGCUUCCACCUGGUCAAGGCCUCCUGAGACUCACUGACCUUCAAAAUAAAAGCCUCGCUCCUCCAUAUUUAACCAGAGGGAGGAGAACGGGGGCUUCCACCUGGUCAAGGCCUCCUGAGACUCUCUGACCUUCAAAAUAAAAGCCCCGCUCCUCCAUAUUUACCCAGAGGGAGGAGAACGGGGGCUUCCACCUGGUCAAGGCCUCCUGAGACUCUCUGACCUUCAAAAUAAAAGCCUCACUCCUCCAUCUUUAACCAGAGGGAGAAGCUGAGGGAGGAGAACGGGGGCUUCCACCUGGUCAAGGCCUCCUGACACUCUCUGACCUUCAAAAUAAAAGCCCCGCUCCUCCAUAUUUAACCAGAGGGAGAAGCUGAGGGAGGAGAACGGGGGCUUCCACCUGGUCAAGGCCUCCUGAGACUCUCUGACCUUCAAAAUAAAAGCCUCGCUCCUCCAUAUUUAACCAGAGGGAGGAGAACGUUGGCUUCCACCUGGUCAAGGCCUCCUGAGACUCUCUGACCUUCAAAAUAAAAGCCUCGCUCCUCCAUCUUUAACCAGAGGGAGGAGAACGGGGGAGGAGAACGGGGGCUUCCACCUGGUCAAGGCCUCCUGACACUCACUGACCUUCAAAAUAAAAGCCUCGCUCCUCCAUCUUUAACCAGAGGGAGGAGAACGGGGGCUUCCACCUGGUCAAGGCCUCCUGAGACUCUCUGACCUUCAAAAUAAAAGCCUCGCUCCUCCAUAUUUAACAAGAGGGAGGAGAACGGGGGCUUCCACCUGGUCAAGGCCUCCUGAGACUCUCUGACCUUCAAAAUAAAAGCCUCGCUCCUCCAUAUUUAACCAGAGGGAGAAGCUGAGGGAGGAGAACGGGGGCUUCCACCUGGUCAAGGCCUCCUGAGACUCUCACCUUCAAAAUAAAAGCCUCACUCCUCUGUCUUUAACAAGAGGCCAGAAACCUUCAGACUUUCAAAAUAAAAGCAGCCUCCUCUGUCUUUAACAAGAGGCCAGAAACCUUCAGACCUUCAAAAUAAAAGCCUCACUCCUCCCUCUUUAACAAGAGGCCAGAAACCUUCAGACUUUCAAAAUAAAAGCCUCGUUCCUCCGUCUUUAACAAGAGGCCCGAAAUCUUCAGACCUUCAAAAUAAAAGCAGCCUUUGGUCUGUUUACCUCACAGUUCUGCAAAAGAACAGUUUUAUUUCCUCUGGAGACGUCGGGCUGCCAGACGAAGCCAUAAAGAACCUUUGUUCCCGUCGGGUUUUAUUCUUUGUUAGGAAUAAAUGUAUCUGAGGAAGUUUACUACUCAAUGAAAUUAUUGUGAUCCUUUGGCAGUUUCAAGUUGUCUCAUUUUGUAUUCUUUUAGUUCCUAAAAUCUAAUAUGUCAGUAAAAUAAAAAUACUUGAAGUGUG